AUGACCCUAAUGAUGUCUGGAGACAACGGAAUUUUUGCCUUCUCAGAGUCAGAUGGUCUCUUCAAAUGGAUUGGUACCAUGUAUUGGGCAGCUGGGACAGUAUAUGAAGACCUAUGGUACAAACUAUCCCUGGAGUUUCCCAGAGGUUCCGCAUAUAAUACUCCCACUGUGAAAUUUGUCACAAUUUAUUACCAUCCUAAUGUGGAUACCCAAAGCAAUAUCUCUGUGGACAUCCUAAAGGACAGGUGGUCAGCUCUGUAUGAUGUCAGCACCAUCCUACCGUCUAUCCAGAGCCUGCUGGGAGAACCCAACAUCGAGAGCCCACUGAACACACACGCUGCUGAACUUUGGACAAACCCCACAGCCUUUAAAAAGUAG